UUUGUUUUAUUUACAUAUUUUUGGAUACAUGAAAAACAUGGAAGCAACAGAAUUGCCCAACGUAUUAAAAACUGAACAGUCCACUAUACAUACAGGCGGAACCACAUAUAAAACCGUUGAAUAUUUUAUUAUAUUUCUAUCGUACUUACUUUUUAUACUCACAUUUCCCAUUGCGAUAAUAUUUUGCCUAAAAACCGCAACAGUUUUCGAACGCAUUAUUGUCUUUAGAUUGGGUAAAAUAAGACAAGGUGAUGUUAUGGGGCCGGGUUUAGUAUUUAUGCUACCCUGUAUAGAUGAAUAUGUUAAAGUCGAUUUACGUACCCGGUCUUUUGAUGUUAAUCCCCAAGAAAUUAUUACAAAAGAUUCUGUUUCAAUACAAGUGGAUGCAGUCGUCUAUUAUAGCAUACGAAAUCCUUUAGAUUCGGUUGUAAAUAUCUCAAAUGUUCGCGUAUCUACCAAAUUAUUAGCACAAGCCACUCUCCGUACUGUUGUGGGUACAAAAGACUUGAUGGAGCUAUUAACUUCGAAGGAGGCAUUGUCAAAAACUGUGGAACAAAUUUUGGAUGCAGCCACCGAAAAAUGGGGUGUUAAGGUGGAACGUAUUGAAAUAAAGCAAAUUCAUCUGCCAAAAAACAUGCAAAGAGCUAUGGCUGCCGAACAAGAGGCCGAACGUGAAGCACAAGCAAAGUUAACCGCUGCUCAUGGUGAACUGGAUGCCUCGAUCAAUUUGAAAGCGGCUUCGGAUAUUAUGAAAUCUAAUCCAAUUUCUCUUCAACUUCGCUAUUUGCAAACAUUAAAUUCAAUAUCGGCUGAAAAUAAUCAUACUGUUAUAUUUCCAUUUCCUAUGGAAGUAAUGAGAAAAAUUAUGACGCAUUUACGUGGUAAACUUGUUACAGGAAGUGGAGCUGGAGAAAAUUGCUGCAAUGAUCCGCAAUGUUGUUUGCCUGCAACUAAAAUCAACAAAAAACUUCAAACAAAAAUAGAGCAAUUCGAUGGUGGAGUUUAAAAAUUUAUUUAUUUAAUCGUAUCAAAUAAUAUUUUAAGUUUAUCAAA